UCCCACAUGUAAAGCCUACUCUUCAAUUGUCCAUAGCUAGACAAGCAAACCAUAUUUUUCUCCACUCAGCUUCUUUUGUUUUCUUCUCUCUCUCUCUAUAUCAAAUGGACUAUGGCAGGCUCGGAAAACCCGAGCCUGGUGGCUAUUCGACCGGAGCUCAAACCACCGAACCAAACUCCACGCCAAAUAAAAAAUCUAAACUUAAGAUUCUAAUCAUCGCAGCCGCCACACUCAUGGUGGCGUCCGCCAUCUCCACCGCGGCUGUGGUGGUCAUCCGAAACAGAGUGAAUUCCGGCGGCGGAGCGGCCGGGAUGAACGAUCGACGGCCGUCAAAAGCCAUGUCCAGAGCAUGUAGCCGCACUCGGUACCCAACUCUCUGUGUCAACUCGCUACUCGACUUCCCCGGCGCACUCGCCGCCUCCGACAAAGACCUCGUCCACAUUUCCGUCAACAUGACUCUCCAGAAAAUCGGCCGCGCUCUCAGCUUCGCCGCCGAGAUCAACAAUCUCGAUAUGGAUCCUCAUGUCAGGUCGGCGUACGAUGACUGUCUGGAGCUUCUCGACCACUCGGUGGAUCAAUUCUCUCGGUCGCUCACCUCAGUCGCGCCCGGCGGAGAACCGGCCGGGUCGACUCAGGACGUGAUAACCUGGCUCAGCGCCGCGUUAACGAACCAGGACACCUGCACCGAGGGCUUCGACGAAUUGAACGGCGACGUGAAGAAUCAAAUGUCCCACCGGCUGAAGGAUUUGUCCGAGCUAGUGAGCAAUUCCCUCGCAAUAUACGCCGCCGCAGACGGCGGCGGCGACGAUUUCUCCAAUAUUCCGAUACAGAACCGGCGGUUGCUGACGAGCAGCAGCAGACGAAGAGAGCACGAGCAUCAGUUUCCGAUGUUCCUAUCCAAGAGAGAACGGCGGCUACUGGAUAUGCCGGUGACGGCAAUCAAUGCCGAUAUAAUCGUGUCGAAGGACGGUAACGGAACGUACAAAACGAUCGCGGAGGCGAUCAAGAAGGCGCCGGAGCACAGUAACCGGCGGUUCAUCAUCUACGUGAGGGCAGGAAGGUAUGAGGAGAAUAAAUUGAAAGUGGGAAGGAAGAAGACUAAUAUAAUGUUCAUUGGAGAUGGUAAGGGCAAGACGGUCAUUUCAGGUGGAAAAAGUGUUCAAGAUAAGUUGACAACCUUCCAUACGGCAUCUUUUGCUGCAACUGGGGCGGGUUUCAUCGCUAGGGAUAUAACAUUCGAGAACUGGGCCGGAGCAAGCAAGCACCAGGCGGUGGCGCUCCGCGUCGGCGCCGACCACGCGGUGGUGUACCGGUGCAACAUCAUCGGCUACCAGGACACUCUCUACACGCACUCCCAGCGGCAGUUCUACCGCGACUGCGACAUCUACGGCACGGUGGACUUCAUCUUCGGCAACGCCGCCGUCGUCUUCCAGAACUGCAGCAUCCACGCGCGGAAGCCGAUGCCGCUCCAGAAGAACACCAUCACCGCGCAGAACCGGAAGGAUCCGAACCAGAACACCGGGAUCUCGAUCCACGCCUGCAGGAUCGUGGCGGAGCCGGAUCUGGAGGCGGCGAGGGGGGAUUUUCCGACGUAUUUGGGGCGGCCGUGGAAGCUGUACUCGCGGACGGUGUACAUGCUGUCAGAUCUGGGCGGCCACGUGGACCCCAGGGGGUGGCUGGAGUGGAACGACACGUUUGCGCUGGACACGUUGUACUAUGGGGAGUACAUGAACUAUGGGCCAGGGGCGGAGCUGGGGCGGCGCGUGAAAUGGCCUGGGUAUCGUGUGAUCAAUUCCACGGAGGAGGCCGACCAGUUCACGGUGGCGAAGUUCAUUUACGGGUCGUCGUGGUUGCCCUCCACCGGUGUGGCUUUUUUGGCCGGACUCUCAACUACUUAAUAAUAAAAAAAUAAUAAAUAAUAAAAAUAAAUAAUAAUAAAUAAUAAUAAUAAUAAAUAAUAAUAAUUCUUUUUGGAUUGUCUUUCACAGUUCAUAUUAGGGCUGGGCAAAAAUUACCAAAUACCGAUUACCACGGUAUACCUACCAACAAUUACCGAAUAAAUACCGAACUAUCGGUUACCACUACAUUUGGUACGGUAUCGGUACCGUACCAUUAUCUUACGGUACGGUAGCGGUAUUGUAUCUUCAAUACCAUGGUAAUACCGUACCGUACCGUAACUUUGUAUUUUAAAAAUUAGUUAAUAUAUUUUACCCUUUA